AUGAGGACGGAAGUGAUAGAAGGCAACAACACCAAACCUAGUGCUCCUCUCCUGACUCAUCGCUACCCAAGAAUGGUCACUAAAGAUGGGCAUAGCACACUCCAGAUGGAUGGUGCCCAAGGGAAAGGCCUUGCAUACAUAAAAGAUGCUUGGGGAAUCCUAAUGGAUAUGCGUUGGAGAUGGAUGAUGCUGGUAUUUUCUGCUUCGUUUGUCCUCCACUGGCUUGUCUUUGCAGUGCUAUGGUAUCUACUAGCUGAAAUGAAUGGGGAUCUGGAGAUUGAUCAUGAUUCCCCACCUGAAAACCAUACAAUUUGCGUAAAGUAUAUCACUAGCUUUACAGCUGCUUUUUCCUUUUCACUGGAGACACAGCUCACUAUUGGUUAUGGCACAAUGUUUCCAAGUGGAGACUGUCCAAGUGCAAUCGCUCUACUUGCUAUACAAAUGGUACUGGGGCUGAUGCUGGAGGCCUUCAUCACAGGUGCAUUUGUAGCAAAAAUUGCCCGUCCAAAGAAUCGAGCUCUCUCCAUCCGGUUUACUUAUUCUGCAGUAGUGACACAUAGAGAUGGAAAGCCAUACCUAAUGUUCCAAGUGGCCAAUACUCGCCCAAGCCCACUCACCAGCGUUCGAAUUUCUGCUGUUCUUUAUGAAGAACAGGAAAAUGGUCAACUACAUCAAACUAGUGUGGAUUUCCAUCUGGACAGCAUCACUUCUGAAGAGUGCCCAUUCUUUAUUUUUCCCCUGACCUAUUACCAUUCCAUAACUCCAUCAAGCCCUCUGGCCAUUCUCCUACAAAGGGACGCUCAUCAUCACUUUGAGCUUGUAGUUUUCCUUUCAGCCACACAAGAGGGCACAGGAGAAACAUGUCAGAGGAGGACAUCCUAUCUGCCAUCAGAGAUCAUUUUGCAUCAUCAUUUUGCCUCCAUGUUGGUCCGAGGUGCCAAAGGGGAAUAUCAGAUCAAGAUGGAGAAUUUUGACAAGACAAUCCCAGAACUUCCAGCAGUGGACUCCAGAAGUUCAAAGAGGACUGACAAGGAGAUCCGCAUCAACGGGCAGCACAUCGACAGCUUCCAGAUCUGUGAGACUCAUCUGACUGAAUAGACUUUGAAUGUGGAGGCCAGUUUAUUUUAUUUUUUUAAGAAUUGGAUUAGACUAUCAUGUCAAUGUUUUAAUUUCUUUCCCCAUUUUCUUGUGCUUUUUUGGUCUCUGAUACCUUUGAUUUCAGAACAGCAUGCAGAACAAAGAGCAAAAUAUCCAUGUAACUGGAUGAACCACUGGAUUAACUGCACAAAAACAGAGUCAGGGACAAGAAACACUGCACAAAUCCUGGGAAAACAGAAAUGCUACCUGCUGAAUUCACUAGACUAUGAUUAAAACUGCACUGACCCCGAAACAAGAGACUUUCAGACUGAGACAGCUUGUCAAAAGUCUAAU